CUGAGCACUGAUGGAGCUGUGGGUGUCCCUGUUCAUUGCAGUGGAAUCCCAUAUAGGAGUGGAAUCAGAUUACCUUUAAGGGUCCCUUCCAACUCCAACCAUUCAGUGUUUCUAUGAUCCUUCAUAGGGAGGCAGAGAUGGGUUUGCAGUAACUCAUUUCUAUUCACGCUUCUGGGAUUUCUGUUUAAGAAUGGGGAAAAGCAAAACCACAACUCAGCAAAUUGUACUCAGUGGGCAUGGAGGGGAUGGACUGAUGACUGGACUUCAUCUCAGUGGUCUUUUCCAACCUUAAUGCCUCUAUGAUUCUAUGCAUGGAGUGCCCCCAAUUUUGACACGCCGACCCCCCAUCCUUUGAGUAUUUCCAACCUUCGAGGCAGCCCUCGAUUCCACUUCCCUGCGCUGCCUCAUUUCUAUUCCUACUCCUUUUGCCUUGGGUUGCUUUUGGUUUGCCGUGUCUGACUGCGCACAGCAGCAAUGGUAGCUUUGAUCAUCAGUCCUCCAGGUGCCUCCACAGGAUUUUGUGCUGUUUGCAGCCCGCGGGGUCCUGGGGGUCUGCCCUGCCUCCCUGCCGCAGACGUGCAGCUUCUGGGUGCUCCGGAGAAACAUCUUUUGAUAUUUAUAAUAUCAAAGGGCCAAAGAAAUGCAAGAGUGCAACAGCACCGAGGCUGAGGGCGUUGAGCAACCUUUCACCUGGGCUGUGUUGGUUUUUAAGCAUUGCUGUUCUCUGAAAAUCCAUCAUUUUGGAUUUUUUUUUUACUUCAUUCUCUAAAGAGCGCAUUGUAUUUGCUCUCACCUGCGGCGUGAUAAGUGUUACCAUAUGCUUUGUCCAAACUUGAUUAUGUUUAGGGUUCUUUUUUUUUAAGCACUUCUAGUGGUAGCUUAGUGCUCAGUGCUCUUCUGCAGUGUGUUUUUGAGCCAGGCAGAGUGCCAGCGCGUCUGUCGGAGGAAAUACUCCUGGCUGGAUCCUGGAGAAUAGGAGCUCGAAUUCCCUCUGAAGUGUGAGAGCUCGAUUCCCACAGGGGCACCGCUGGAAGAACCUUUAUGGGCUCCUAAUGACAUGCAGGUGGACGAUUUGCUUACGAUAAUUAAGGUCAACAUGGAUCUAUGGUUCUUUGUCCUUUUGCUUGGAAGUGGCCUGAUCAGCGUAGGUGCUAACAAUGUCACAACAGAGCCACCCACAACAGUGCCCACCUCCACCAGGAUCCCCACCAAAGCUCCUACAGCAAUUCCUGAUGGUGGGACGACGCUGAGAGUGAGCAGCCUCACCGUUAGCUCUCCGAUGACCACUUCUACCCCGGCGUCGGAGCCUCCUACAACCACAGCCACCAGCAUCUCCCCCAAUACCACCACUGCCAGCCUCAAUGCCUCCACUCCAGGGGCAUCAGUGCCCACCUCUGCCUCUGUGGCCAUCUCUCUGCCACCCAGCGUGACACCGUCUGCCCCGCACACUGCACUGCCCAGCACAGAAGCGGAGACGACCGAGAGGAACGUCAGCGCGACGGUGACGACGCAAGAGACCUCUUCUGCAUCCCACAACGGUAACUCUGACAGAAGAGAUGAGACUCCAAUUAUCGCCGUGAUGGUGGCCCUGUCCUCCCUCCUAGUCAUAGUAUUUAUUAUUAUUGUGCUGUACAUGUUAAGGUUCAAGAAAUACAAGCAAGCAGGGAGUCACUCCAACUCCUUCCGCCUGCCCAACGGUCGGACAGAUGAUGCAGAGCCCCAGAGCAUGCCGCUGCUCGCCAGGUCCCCCAGCACCAACAGGAAAUACCCACCUCUGCCCGUCGACAAGCUGGAGGAGGAGAUCAACCGCCGCAUGGCAGAUGACAACAAGCUCUUCCGAGAAGAGUUCAACGCUCUCCCAGCGUGUCCCAUUCAGGCCACAUGUGAAGCUGCUUCCAAGGAGGAGAACAAGGAGAAGAACCGCUACGUGAACAUUUUGCCCUAUGAUCAUUCCAGGGUUCACCUGACUCCUGUUGAAGGGGUUCCUGACUCUGACUACAUCAACGCCUCCUUCAUUAAUGGGUACCAAGAGAAAAACAAGUUCAUUGCUGCACAAGGACCAAAGGAAGAAACAGUGAAUGACUUUUGGAGAAUGAUUUGGGAGCAAAACACAGCAACGAUUGUCAUGGUGACCAACCUGAAGGAGCGGAAAGAGUGUAAGUGUGCUCAGUACUGGCCAGAUCAGGGCUGCUGGACAUACGGGAACAUCCGCGUUUCGGUGGAAGACGUGACGGUGCUGGUGGACUACACCGUGCGCAAGUUCUGCAUUCAGCAGGUAGGUGACGUCACGAACAAGAAGCCUCAGCGCCUGGUGACGCAGUUCCACUUCACCAGCUGGCCCGACUUCGGGGUGCCCUUCACCCCCAUUGGGAUGCUGAAGUUCUUGAAGAAGGUGAAGACGUGUAACCCCCAGUAUGCAGGAGCAAUAGUAGUGCACUGCAGCGCUGGGGUGGGACGCACGGGCACUUUUAUCGUCAUCGACGCCAUGCUGGACAUGAUGCACGCCGAGAGGAAGGUGGACGUUUAUGGCUUCGUGAGCCGGAUCCGGGCUCAGCGCUGCCAGAUGGUACAGACAGAUAUGCAGUAUGUGUUCAUAUACCAAGCACUGCUGGAGCACUAUCUCUACGGUGAUACAGAACUGGAGGUGACCUCGUUAGAAAUCCACCUCCAGAAGAUCUACAACAAAGUGCCAGGGACCAGCAGCAACGGGCUGGAAGAGGAGUUCAAGAAGCUCACUUCCAUCAAAAUUCAGAACGACAAGAUGAGAACGGGCAACUUGCCAGCCAACAUGAAAAAGAACAGGGUGCUUCAGAUAAUUCCAUAUGAGUUCAACAGAGUAAUCAUUCCAGUGAAGAGAGGUGAAGAAAACACAGACUACGUUAAUGCUUCUUUUAUUGAUGGCUAUCGCCAGAAGGACUCCUAUAUCGCCAGCCAAGGGCCACUGCAGCACACGAUAGAGGACUUCUGGAGGAUGAUCUGGGAGUGGAAAUCCUGCUCCAUAGUGAUGUUAACAGAGCUGGAGGAGAGAGGUCAGGAGAAAUGUGCCCAGUACUGGCCUUCUGAUGGCUCUGUGUCCUAUGGAGACAUCAACGUGGAGCUGAAAAAAGAGGAGGAAUGCGAGAGCUACACAGUGCGGGACCUGCUGGUGACAAACACCAGGGAAAACAAGAGCCGACAGAUCCGACAGUUCCACUUCCAUGGCUGGCCAGAGGUUGGGAUCCCCAGCGAUGGGAAGGGAAUGAUCAACAUCAUCGCAGCUGUGCAGAAGCAGCAGCAGCAGUCAGGCAACCACCCCAUCACUGUGCACUGCAGUGCCGGAGCAGGAAGAACAGGAACCUUCUGUGCACUGAGCACUGUCCUGGAAAGGGUGAAAGCAGAAGGGAUUCUCGAUGUCUUUCAGACAGUGAAGAGUUUAAGACUACAGAGGCCGCAUAUGGUGCAGACACUGGAACAGUACGAAUUCUGCUACAAAGUGGUGCAGGAAUACAUCGACGCCUUCUCAGACUACGCCAACUUCAAGUGAAAAAUUACAACAAACAACCUGAAACAAAUGACAGAAGAGUUGCCUUCUUUAAUAUUUUGUAAUAUUCUGUUUGUUAAUAUACCCCUCCCCCAAAAUAUGUGUAUAUAUCUUAACUGUUUUAGAGGUUGGUACCAUAAGCUUCAUAUUAGCUGGAGAUUUUAUAUGUAGCAAAGUGUUAGUGCAGAUACUGUCAGCUCCUUUUUUUUCCAAUGUUUUAUUGGGGAAUUAAAUAGCGUGAUGUUUGGAUUAAUAUUGUCACACCAUCUCUCUUCUGGAGAGUUGAUACAGGCUGUUAUUUUGUUUGUAAAUCUUUUUUUUUUUCUUUUCUCUUGAGGGAGUAAAGCCUUUUUUAAGAAAAAACAAAAAACAAAAGGAAAGAAUAAUUCUGGAUCUCAUCUGAACCAAUAACCCACAAGCAAGCACAAGCUUUUGCAAACCUGCAGGGAAAUGGUUUCACAUUUUUCUGCCAGUCAGCUCUUUAAAAUAAGGAGAAAAGAAACCAAA